AUGAACGAAUCACCCAUAUCUCAGAUGCAACCUGUGAGCCGAGUCUCUACCAUCUCUCGGAGGCUCGCCUCAAAAGUACUUUCAAUGAUUGAGAACAAUCAACAAAUCCUGCUUCUCGGUCUGCUUUUCGCCGCCUUGGGAAGGAGGACGGUACCACCAAGAAGAAGAUUUUUGAAGUUUUCAAGUAAAAAAAAGAAACACCGUGCCACCAAAAAUGGGAGCAAUGGCUUUGAUCACGACGGUACAAUCAGUAGCAACAGCACACUCACAGAAACUGGAAGCAGUAUAACCGCAUCCACACCUCCCGUGGCUCGAAUUUUACCAUCGUCGUUCUUCAAACAAUUGGCAUCGUCAAAUGAGUCGUCAACUAGAACAAAAUCAAAGUCACGCGGUCAGCGGAGAAAGAGAGGAAUAAGCCCAAAGAUCGGGGAUCUACGUUUAGAUAUGGCCAGGAAGGAAUCCAACUUUUCUGAGAUAACGAGGAAGCUUAUGCCCCCAAAGGUAUCCGUACGAGACCUCAAGGAACGAUUUCAAGAGGCAGAGAGAGCAUAUACGCAUAAAGACUUGAAGUUGGAGGAACUUGAUGGGUCCUCUAGAGCUAGAGUUCGACUACGUGGAAACGUAAUCCCUAAGGAGGGAAAGGCAACAUCUAAACACUUUUUACGUGAGAAAUUGAUGUCGGGAGGUAUAGAUGGUUCUUUUACGAGCUUUGCAGAAGAUCAAAACUCGGGAUAUCGGGAUAAUAAUAGCGAUUUCUUUUAUGAGGCUUUCGAUAAAGAAGGUCUUCAUUUAUCAAACUGCGAGUCUACUGGGUUGAUGUGUAGAGAUGACAUGAACUAUCUGAAUACGGAGUAUCAUUGCAUGGCGGAUGGUUCACUUUCAAACUUUGGCACCUAUGCCCAGUACUGGGCUAGAUUCUGCUCAGGGGACGAAGAAGAUAAAGUUAGUGAAGAGAAUGAAGCAGAUUUUUAUGCUGCUCGCCACUCUAUAGCCGUGGAUAUUGUGAGCCCGAAGCCGAUGAAUGCGGUACAGGCUGCGCAACUUAGGAGCAUGGUAUUUCGGUACACUUAA